AUGCCGAGUGAUUUAGACAGGCAGAUCGAGCAGCUGGUGCAGUGCGAGCCGAUCUCGGAGGAGCAGGUCAAGAGGCUAUGCAUCAAGGCGAGGGAGAUACUCAUUGAGGAAGGCAAUGUGCAGGUUGUGGACUCACCAGUGACGAUAUGUGGUGACAUCCAUGGGCAGUUUUUUGACCUGAUGGAGCUUUUCAAAAUUGGAGGUACAUGUCCGGAAACCAACUACAUCUUCAUGGGCGACUUCGUCGACCGAGGCUUCUAUAGCGUCGAGACUUUCCUCCUUCUCCUCGCGCUCAAAGUGCGCUACCCUGAUCGCAUUACACUCAUCCGAGGCAACCACGAGUCCCGUCAAAUCACGCAAGUGUACGGCUUCUACGACGAGUGUCAGAGGAAGUACGGAAGCAGUAACGUAUGGCGUUGGUGCUGCGAAGUGUUCGACUACCUAGCACUCGGUGCCAUUGUGGAUGGGCGAGUGUUCUGCGUGCAUGGCGGCCUCAGCCCCACACUGCAAGGUAUUGAUCAGAUACGUGCGAUUGACAGAAAACAAGAAGUACCCCACGACGGGGCUAUGUGCGACCUUCUCUGGUCAGACCCCGAUGAUAUUUCCGGUUGGGGUCUCUCUCCUCGAGGCGCUGGGUAUCUCUUUGGCGCAGACAUCACUAAGGCGUUCGCGCACAAUAACUCAAUAGACCUGAUCGCGCGGGCGCAUCAACUUGCGAUGGAAGGCUACAAGCUUAUGUUUGAUCAGACUAUUGUCACUGUCUGGAGCGCGCCCAAUUAUUGCUAUCGAUGCGGCAACGUGGCGUCGAUCCUGGAACUUGACGAACAUCUCGCACAAGAAUACAAAGUUUUCCAGCAUGCCCCUUCAGAUGUGCGCUCUAUACCUUUGAAAAGGCCACCAGCGGACUAUUUUUUGUAG